AUGUCGGAUGUAGCGAUAUCACCACCUUUGAAGAAAAUAGAUACAAAAAAUAUAUCAACAUCUCCUCGAAACAUCUGCGUCUUUACUUUCUCCAGUGAACCCUCAUGUGUUACGUGAUGAAAGCUGCACAAAAUUUUAGAAGCAC